AUGAAUCAAACACACACACGAGCCAUAGAGGCUCUACAGCCAUUCAUCCAUAUUGCCAACUCCAACAGUGCCACAUCUCCCCGAUUCGUCGCAAACAUAAUCACAAACGCCACCUCCCACCCGCACACCUACGUCUUCGCCGAGCUGCUCGAGACACCCACCAUACAAUCGUUACAAUCACCCGACAUCCCACCAGAGUAUCAAGGAUACCUAAAGCUGCUCGAGAUCUUUGCCUGGGGCACAUGGCAAGACUACCAAGCCUCAUCCAGCUCCAGCUCCAGCUCCAGCUCCAGCGCGAAAAACAUCAAGGCUAACAACGAAACAUAUAUAGCAACACCCAACCUCCCAAAACUAAGCUCAGAACAAGCGCAAAAACUUCGUCUCCUUUCUCUUCUUUCCCUCGCAACAACUAUAAAACCACUCACGUACUCUGCGCUUCAAUCUGCUCUCUCACUUCCGGAUAUCGGCGACCUUGAAUCACUCGUCACAUCCGCUAUCUACAGCUCAUUGCUUGGUGCGCGCUUAUCGCCAUCGUCAAAUCCUCCAACGGUGAAUGUGACAUCCGUCGCACCACUGCGGGAUGUUCAGCCGCAGUCGCUUGGAAAAAUGAUUACUCAACUAACGGAGUGGGAAGCGCGAUGCGGGGAAGUUGCUCGGGACCUUGAAGCGGAGAUCGAAGCGGUGAAGGCUAAUGCGGCCAUACGAGGAAUUAAGGAAACAGAAUAUAAGGAGAUGUAUGAUGUGAGGGUUAAGGCGCGGAAGCAGGACGCUGGAGCUCCGGGGACUGGGGGUGGUGUGGGUAAUGCGGCUCCAGUUGCUAGGCGUGGGCCCCUUGGGAUACGGCGUGGACCGCGGGGACUGUUUGGGGGGAAUAAGAGGGAGGCAGAUGAUAUUGAACAGGAUGAUGGAUUCUUUGAUGCGGGGGAUGGAAUGGAUAUUGAUGAGGGUGCUGGGUCGGGGCGGGGGAAUGGGAGCCGGACUAAAAGGGUGCUUGGUGGGCGCAGAGAUUGA